AUGGACCCUACUGAAAUCAUUCAGCGCGACAAGGAAGUGGAGCAGUUUCCUCCAAAGCAAAAGCAGUGUCAAAGGACUGUGAUCCCAGUCAUAGAUCUGAGAGAUGAAACAAUAAGGAGGAAGGAGAUUGUGAAAGCCACAGAAAAUGCAGCUGCGAACUGGGAUUUCUAUCAGAUUAUCAACCAUGGAAUUCCACUUUCUGUUAUUGAGGAGAUGGUGGAAGCUGCUCGUCGUUUUCAAAAACAGCCCCAGGAGGUGAAGGAGGAGUGGUACUCCUUGGAUUUUGCACACAGCAAUGUCAACUUUGUCAGCAAUCCAAGAUUCAAAGCAGACGCUCCUGGCGAUUGGAGAAAUGAAAUUGUGGAGUAUUACAAAGGCUCGAUCCGAAUUCGGAAGAUAGUAGCUGAAUUGUUAUCGGAAUCGUGGGGACUCAACAGUAGUGGUUACAUUAGAAAUAUGGGUUUGCUUAAACUCUAUGACAUUGAUGUAAAGCCAGUGAAAGGAGCUUCUACUGUCAAUAUUGGUGAUAUGAUGCAGCAGCUGGUUAGUAAUGACAAGUUCAAAAGUGUAGAGCACGGAGUUUUGGCUACACAAGGGGCAGAACCCCGUGUAUCAGUCACAUGUUUCUUAACUCCAGAUGAAAAACAUUAA